GAUCCAGACAGAAAUGACCAACUGUAUCUCAAUGACACUGCCAGGACCACAUGUGUUCAUUAUUGUGUUGAGUUUAGCACAACGCUUCACUAAAGAAGAGACAGAAUCAGUCUAGAUCAUCCAAGAGACUUUUGGUGAAAACUCUUUAAUGCACAUCAUGGUGCUCUUCACCAGAGGAGAUGAUCUUAAAUAUAAAACCAUUGAAGAGUACCUGAAGAACACCAGAUCUCCUUUACAGAACCUCAUAGAACAGUGUGGAUACAGAUAUCAUGUGUUCAUUAAUACUGAGACUGAAGACCAAACACAAGUUUCUGCUCUACUGGAGAAAAUAGACGCCAUGGUGAAAGAAAACGGAGGGAGUUACUACUCAAGUAAAAUAUUCAGACAGAUGGAGCGAGACAAACAAGAGAAACAAAUAAAGAUACUGAUGGACAGAAUUGAGCAACUGAGCAGAGAGAAAGAAGAAGAGAUGGAGAGAAUGAAGAUGAUGAUGGAGAAAGAAAAACAGAACCAUGAGCAAAAGAGGAGGAAAACAAAAGAUGAGUUUGGAGAGAGAGAAAGGAGGUAUAAAAGUGAAAUGGAGGAAGAAAAACAGAUGCAACAUGAGAUGAGAACAGAACGAGACACAGUUAAACAUGAAAUAAAAGAAAGAAAGAAAGAAAGAAAAUAAAUACCUCCAGAUUAAAUAUGAUGAAAAAAUAGAAAAAUUGAUGAAUUUAAAAGAGAA